AGCUCUCGGAGGAGUGGGCCAGCAUCCGCGAGCCGGUGGUAGAGGGCGUGACCUUCUACUGCAAGUACCUGGGCUCGACGGUGGUGGACGAACCGAAGGGCGAGGCGUCCACCGCGGAGGCCAUCAAGAGGAUCAUCCACGCCGCCAAGCAGAAGGGACGCAAGCCGGAGCGGGUGAGCGUCCACGUGUCGCUGCAGGGGAUCCGCAUGUCAGACACGGCCUCCAGUGACACGCUCCUCGAGACGUCGAUUUACAAGAUCUCGUACUGCUCGGCGGACGCCCACUACGACCACGUCUUCGCCUUCAUCGCCACCAGUGACAAUGAGAUCUGCGAGUGCCACGCUUUCUUGUGCCCCAAGAGGAAGAUGGCUCAGGCGGUAACCAUCUCGAUUGCUCAGGCUUUCAAUUUGGCUUACGAGUAUUGGAAGAUGGCGGUGGAGAGCAAGAACGGGGAAAUCUAUGCAAAUGAGGAACUCCCUGCUGAGGUUAAGCAGCUGGCUCCAGGUGGGGCAAACCACACGCCUGGCAUAGUCCAACACCAGCCGUCCAGCCAGUCGUCUUCACCCAUUCCCAUUCGGUCGGACUUUGGUUCCUCCGACACCAGCUCGUCAGGUUACCAGUCCAGUACGCAAGCACUUUUAAUUGAUUUGGACGACUCGUCCGAUAUAACUACAGAAACUAAAAAUAAUGCUAGUUUAAGCAAGAGCAUCAUCAGUAAACCUUGGGAUGCCUUUGAAGACUUCAAUGAGUUUAAUGAGGGAUUCUCAAGACUUGCGUUGAGACACGCACAAAAAUCUCCUCUCCCCUGGACAUCCCCAACGGGAUGGGCAGGCAUCGACGAUCUUGCAGCAUUCACGGAUCGCCCUCCAGCUUCUCCGACCGAGAAUGGCUUUUGGCCGUUAGCUAGUUCUCCCCCUACCAGCCCUCUGCCUGCCAACUUGUCCUCAGGCCCAUGGUCAAUGGGACAGUCUCCACCAGAUACCUGGGAGAACUUCUCCAGCUCUCCCAACACAGCCUUCCUUCAUUCAUGUCAGUCCCCUCCCUCACAUCACAUGUUCUCACGUUUCCCAGAGUCAUUUGCUGCUGAUGAAAGUGAUGACUGCAGCAGCAGCAAACUACCAAACUCUGCAUUCAAGCCAGAACCAACUUCCAGUCAUGAUGUGGAUGAUUCUUUUAAUCCCAGAGAGUCUCUGAGUGACCCUUUCUCCCCCCUCACCCAGGAAAAGGAAGCAUUGGGAGUGAGUCAUAGCUCUCCCUCAACCCACAGUGGCUGUGGCACCAGCCACCCAGCCUGGAGUGGAGACCUGUUUGAUGGGAGAAAAAGCAGCAAAGUUGUGUGUUCAUAAAGCAUUUCUGGGAGUUUUCAUUUGGAACUUCCAAUUCAUAUUUUUCCAAUAUUCUUGUGUGUAGUUAUGUGUUGGUCUAUUUUUUACUUGAAUCAGCAGCUGGGAUAGAAUGCCAGUGUCUCCACAUUUUAUAAUACAUCAAUGGUAUAACUCCCUUGGGAGAGCAGUUGUGUGUGCGUGUGUGGAAUUUGUUGAUAUACAUUUAGAUUUUGCACAUUUUCCAUAUAUUUAAUUGAAUAUGUAAAUAUCUUUGUGAAACAUGUUCAAGAAUCUCCAAAUGAAUUCUUGAUAUGUAUAAUACAGUUUUAAGCUAUUGUAUGAUGACAGUUUAAUAUAUUUGCAUAUGCAG